AUGGCUGCCAUGUCUUCUUCUGCACCGGGCGCCACCGUCUUGGACCCGCCGCCCAGCGCCUAUGGCAACGACGCCGCUUGGAAGUCAUCGUACGCGUUGGAAUAUCAAGAUGACCCAAUGCAGGACCCAAUGCACGACAGGAGCUUCAUGAGCAACCAUGACAAGACGAACGGCGUGGCUACACCCAACGGCAACGCCCAUGUUGACCCAUUCGCGAAGCGGGACCCAGCUGAGCCCUUCCCUGCGACCAAAGAAGGACGAUCCGGUGGACGAAGCGCCUCGCGGAGCACCUCGCGGCCGGGAAGCAGGCGGGCGAACUCCCACAACGAUGCCGACAAGACACCGGUGGACAACGCCAAGUGGAUUCACAGGGACAAGCUGGCGAGGAUAGAGAGCGAGGAGUUGCAGGCGGCCGGCAUCAUCCUGCCCAAGCCCAGGUCGCAGAGCCGGCCACGGAGGGAGCGUAGCUCGGAGAAGAUGCAUAGCCGCCGCGCCACGGAUGCGUCAGAGCGGGAGCCCCUCCCGCGGUCCCGCAAGAACUCGACCAACCGUUCCGCGUCGGCCGAGAGAAGCCCGGAUGUCGAGACUCCCACCUGGGACCUGCGCAUGCCCGAGGAGAUAGCAGAAGAUCCCGACGAGUACUGGAUCUCGGCAGACACGCUGGGCGCCAACGGGUCACGGUUGCCCGUGGCCAAGCAGAGCCCGGCCCCCGUUCCCGCCGAUUACCUAGAUCGGGACGCGCCCGUCCCCCGCAAGAUGAGCGGCACCCUCCAGCCCGACGACGACUUCUUGCUGUCCGUGUCGAAGCCGCGCGAGCGGAGUGGUAGCACACCGGCUCUCGACCACGCCCCGCCUCUGCAGCCCGGCCGACGGUCUGCCACCGAUGGAUCCCCAAAAAAGAGUACCACGAACGGCUCAAGGAAGCCUUCGACCAACUCGUCCAAGACGGCCACAUCGACUGGUCGCCCCAAGACUCGCUCCGGGCCCGGCAAGGAUUCGGGCACCACGACGAGGCCCACGACGAGAUCUGGUGAACUGUCUUCUCCCAAGGCGCCCGAGGGGGACCCGCCGUGGAUGAUCAAUGCCUACAAGCCGGACCCGCGCUUGCCCCCGGACCAGCAGCUGCUGCCCACCGUCGCAAGGCGUCUAGCCCAGGAGAAGUGGGAGAAGGAGGGCAAGUUCGGGUCUGUCUACGACAAAGAGUUCAGGCCCUUGACUGACGAAGGCUUCGGGAGCCCACCUGAGCUACAAAGGCCGCAGCUCGAUGACAAGGAGAGCCACGACGAAUGGCCGCUGCGUGCUGAUGCCAAGAGCCCAACCCCGAGCCGCCCUGGAACCAGCUCCUACUCGACCAUGCCGAAGAUGCGGGACACACCUCUGGCAAGUCCAAGAAUGCCCAUGGCUCAACCGCAACCGCAACAGCAACCCACCCAGAUCACCAGGGUUCCCACCGCUCCCGAACAGCCCCCCAUGCCAGAGAAGACAGACCAGCCGGAACCGGCGAAGAAGAAGGGCGGCUGCGGAUGCUGCGUCGUCAUGUGA